CAGUUUAAUUCUGAAUACUCGGAAUUAUCAAAGAAUACUAUUUACUCAUCACGGAGAAUACUCUCUGAUUCAUCGUACUUCAUCGUACUGGAUCUUAUCUCAUCUUGUCUUGCAGCAUCCCGCGCUUGGCGAAACUUCGCCCGAUCUGCUCCACAAAACUCUCUUCUUCUCUCGAUCUAUCUGCAUCAUCUUUGUCAGCCUCUCGUCGUCCAUCAACCUUCACCAUGGCUGCUCAGACUACUGAGAAGCUAGAGAAGCUUGACUUGAACGGUCAGAGCGCCGACGCAAAGGCGGUCUCCUCUAGCACCGGCCAGGCUGCAAAGGCAGAGGCAGAAGAAGACUCAGACGACGAAAAAGAGGGAGAAAAUCCCGCUCCCGAGUCUGGGGCCACUGGAGCGGCCAAAAAGAAGAAGAAGCGCAAGCCUAAGAAGAAGAAGAGUCCCAAGGUCCAAACCUCCCCGCCUCGCGUGCCAGUAGCCGACCUCUUCCCCAAUCACCAAUUCCCCGAGGGUGAGAUUGUCGAAUACAAGAAUGAGAAUUCCUACCGCACUACCAACGAGGAGAAACGCUAUCUUGAUCGCAUGAGGAAUGAUUUCCUACAGGAAUACCGCCAGGGCUCGGAGGUGCACCGUCAAGUUCGCCAGUAUGCGCAGAAGAAUAUCCGGCCUGGUCAGACUUUGACGGAGAUCGCAGAGGGUAUUGAAGAUGCCGUGCGCGCGCUGACGGGUCACCAGGGUCUCGAGGAAGGUGACAAUAUCAAGGGUGGGAUGGGCUUCCCUUGUGGGUUGAGUAUCAAUCACUGUGCUGCCCAUUACACGCCCAAUGCGGGGAAUAAGAUGGUGCUGCAGCAGGGUGAUGUGAUGAAGGUGGAUUUUGGCGCACAUAUAAACGGCAGAAUUGUCGAUAGCGCCUUCACCAUGACUUUUGACCCUGUUUAUGAUCCUCUCCUGGAAGCUGUCAAGGAUGCUACCAAUACUGGUAUUCGGGAAGCCGGUAUUGAUGUCCGCAUGAGUGACAUUGGCGCUGCCAUCCAGGAGACAAUGGAAAGCUACGAGGUGGAAAUCAACGGAACCACGUAUCCGGUAAAGCCCAUCCGGAAUCUCAAUGGUCACAAUAUCGACCAACACGUUAUCCACGGUGGUAAGAGUGUACCCAUCGUGAAGGGCGGUGAUCAGACCAAGAUGGAGGAAGGCGAGGUAUUCGCCAUUGAAACAUUUGGCAGUACUGGAAAGGGUUACGUGAGAGAGGAUAUGGAAACCUCUCACUACGCCUUGAUCCCUGAUGCGCCAGUUGUCCCUCUACGGCUAUCCUCGGCGAAGAAUUUGUUGAAUUUGAUCAACAAGAACUUCGGUACUCUUCCCUUCUGCCGUCGUUAUAUCGACCGGUUGGGUCAGGAUAAGUACCUGCUGGGGUUGAACAACCUGGUGUCUUCGGGCAUCGUCCAAGAUUACCCGCCUCUGUGCGACAUCAAGGGCUCUUACACCGCUCAGUUUGAACAUACUAUUAUUCUUCGACCAACCGUAAAGGAGGUCGUCAGCCGUGGAGACGAUUACUGAGUGAGAUCAGAUGGUUGAUGUUGUGUUUGAGAACUGUCCAGGCUGGAUUGAUGUCGGUGUUGGCAUGGUUGAAUGUACAAGUGAAAUAGGCCAGCGACAACACAGAAUUAGAAUGCGUAAAUAAACUCAUCAUCAUACAUAACUAUCAU